CCCGGCCGCGCCAUGGAGUCCGCGCCCGCCCUGGGGCUCGGGGACACGCCCCUGCACCGCUACCUGGACGGCGACUUCUGGAGCCUCAAGAAUGAGCUGCGCAGGCUCCUGGGCGGCUGCCCCCUCUUCCGGCACAGGUAUGACUUAAAUCUGGAUGAGAUGAGAGCUUUGACAUUCCAGAGAGUGAAGUUCACCAUGGGCCUGCCUCUGCUAAAGCGCGCAGUUCAGGAACAGGCAGAGAAAACAGAACAUUUUGUCAGUCGAAGCCUUGCGAUAGGAGAAGUGCUCUCCACCGCCGACAUGGCCACAGGAGUCAAGUGUGGGAUCAUUUAUUGGCUGUUCGGUGGUGCAGUUAGCAAUCUCGGAAGCCCAGGACAUAUAACUAAGUGGCUUCAGCCACUCCAGGAGCAGAAAUUCACUGGGAUGUUUGCGAUGACAGAGAGGGGCCAUGGGAGUAACGUGAGAGGGAUCCAGACAGAGGCCACCUUUGAUCUUUCUGCACAGGAGUUUGUAAUCGACACACCGUGUGCAAAUGCUGAGAAGAUGUACAUCGGGAAUGCAAUGCAUGGAAACUAUGCUGCGGUCUUUGCCCAGCUCAUCACUAAUGGAAGAUCUCAAGGACCCCACUGUUUCAUUGUUCCUGUCCGGGAUGAAAAUGGCAACUUGUACCCAGGAGUGACAGCCAUUGAUAUGAUGCACAAAGAAGGUCUGCAUGGUGUGGAUAAUGGAAUUUUAAUAUUUGACAAGGUCCGGAUUCCAAGGGAGAACCUGCUGGAUAAGUUCGGUUCUGUGGCUCCGGAUGGGCAGUACCAUUCUCCGAUUAAGAACAAGAGUGCAAGAUUCAAUGCGAUGCUGGCGUCACUGACCCCUACGAGAUUAGCCGUGACUUUCCAAGCUCUGGGUGCCAUGAAGCUUGGAUUGACGAUAGCCAUUCGCUAUAGCCACAGCCGGAGACAGUUUGGGCCCAAAGCCAAGGAAGAGGUCAAGAUCAUUGAGCACCAAACACAGACUCUUCGGCUGAUGCCUCACCUGGCCACAGCCUUGGCCCUGACCUUCGCCAGCAGGUAUGCUGGGGCCCUCCUGGACCAGGACAUCUUCCAGGGCAAGGAGCUCACCAACAGUCGCCCGCUGCAGGCCCUAGUGGCGGGGCUGAAGGCCUACAGCACCUGGGAGAACCUGGACUGCCUGCAGGACUGCCGCGAGUGCACGGGGGGCAUGGGUUACAUGAUGGAAAACCGAAUCUCAGGCUUAAAAUGUGACACAGAUGUGUUUGUAACUUUUGAAGGUGACAAUGUUGUUAUGCUUCAGGUGGUGGUGCGGGAAUUGCUGGCCCAACAAACCAAACAGUAUCAAGAAAGACCACUCUUCAGCCUCCUCUGGAACUGGGCUGAAUCUGGGGGUGACAAGUUGAGAACCAGUUUCCUGGCACUGAACGUGGACACUGUUGGUAAUCUCGCCUUUCUGUUGAAAGCAGUGACUUUUCGUGAAAGGGUUCUUCAGCGGGCUUUGGUAGCCAGAAUUUAUUAUAAGGUGAUGACCAAGAAGGAGGAUUUUUUCAGUGCUUGGAACUCAUGUCUUCACCACAUCGCCACCCUGUCUCUGGCACACAUUCACAGAGUGACUCUAGAGCAGUUCUCCCUGGCAGUGAGGAGCUGUCCUGACCCAGAGGACCAGGCUUUGUUAAUGAAGUUUUGUGUGUUAUAUGGAACCAAGCUGGUGUUCCAGGAGCGAGCCUGGUAUCUAGAACAUAGAUAUCUGACUCCCGUGGACAGCAUGAGGAUUCGGAGCCAGUUGCUGGAUUUGUGCGACUCCGUGAAGGACGAUGCCCUCAGGGUGAUCUCUGCCUUUAACAUUCCUCACGUCUUCCUCCACGCACCUAUCGCUGGAAUCGCCAACUCCUUGGCUGCCUGGGCCUUCUACCCUAUGCCGCAGCAGCCGGCCUGGAGAGGGACGCGCUCCCAGCAGCCUAAGCUGGGAGCCAGGUUAUAGCGGACAUGGCGGGAAGGGUGGUGGCCCGCCCGCAGCUGCCGCGGUACCAUCUUCUCGGACGUGGAGAGCGAGUGUCGAGGCCUCAAGGGCUCACGCUGGGACUUGGCCCUCGGGGAUUUUGGCUGAGGAGCGGGGGUAGGGUUGAGGCUGGCAAGGCAGGGGGCCGGCUGUAGGGAAGGGGAGAGCUAACCACCUGGGGAGUUUGGCGCUUUCUACUCUUCCUUUAACCGCGCCUGCCGACCCUCGAGCUCUCCACCAGAUUCCCCGGACAGAGUCCCCUGCAAGCGCCCGCUUAGCCAGGCGCCACCGAGAGUUUCCUACUCUCAUCCAUGACUCAGAUUCCUAGUGAGUUUGGAAAAUCGGCGCUGGGUGGAAAGCAAAUCAAAGUAUAAAAAUAUUAACACUGCGGGCAGAGUUUCAGUUUAGCAAGUGAUGCUUUUCCAGUGAAUCAGACCCUUAGGGUUCUGCGAGGAAAAGCUUGGGCAGGAAGAGGGGAGUGUGAGCGCAGUGUUGUUCUAGGCAAAUCUUGAACUCGUGCUUGCCUUCCCAGGCAGGCGGCUUCCGGACUGCAAAGCGACGCGCGGAAAACAUUUCUACCACUCGAAAUUGUAAUUUGUUCUUUGGAAGACCGUAGACACAAAGUUCAAUAAAGAAAUUAAAGGAUGGGAAGGCGUUCCCGAUGUUGCAAAGGACGGGAGGCGGGUAAUGACUGCACUUUAGGUCGGCUUUGCACUUGGGGAAAGUUCUCCUUCGAUUGUGCUCACAGGGUCUCUAGAGCGGACGAUGCGGGGGUGGCGGAGCUGCACAGGAGCAGACCACAACCACCAGCCAGGGUGUUUUUCUGCGUGGUUCUUUUCCGGUCUAUGUCUGCGUCGCCCGACCCUAUCGAGAGCGCGGAGCAUUCCGGCGCGCAGCGAGUUUGGGGUUCCCGGCGAGCGCAGCAGUUUCCGUUGCUUUUCUCAGGCGGUCACGCCUAAAGGCGAGGGCGCAGUGUUUGCCAGCGGGCCACCGACCAUCCCAGACUAGAGCUCCAAGCGGAGCCAGGAUAGACCUCCGGCUUCUAUGUCCUUUCCCUCCUGCUGCGAAACCCCAGGCGGCGCGAGUUCUGGCACCCCGUGAAGGACCUAUGGCCUCCUUCACUUCGCUGAGGAUUCGCGGGAGGAUGUGUGGAGAAGACUUAUAACCAAAGGUCGUGCGGUCACGUUUUCGUCGUCUGCUUAAAAAUAAAAACUGACCAAGGUGGCCCCCAAACCGGACAAAGCCUCGCUGUCUGACUUCUCUGCACCGAGGCUCCUUCCUUCUCUGUUCCAGAGUGCUGGUUAGGGCGAGUUUCUUUACUCGUCUAUACUGGACUCCCCCGCAGGGCGGGAUGUUUCAUCUACCCACUGUCCUCCCCCCAACCCACCCCAAGCCGCAGCAGUCUCAAAGCCCAGAGCGCGCUGGGAGGGGCCCAAGUGGGCACCGGCAUUUGGAGGGCAGACGGGGG